AUGUUACCUAAUGACGAUGACAGUGGUGGUGGUGGCAGCGACAAUGGUGGAGGUGAAGGUGGUGGCAGUAGCCGUGUUCAGAGUGGUGACACCGAUGGAGGUGGUAGUUCAAGUGGUGGUGCCAACGCGAGUGGUGGAGCCAAUGCCGGUGGCGGUGGUUGUGACGUUGUGGUGGUGGAGGUGGUGGUUGAAGUGGAUUCACCAAUGGUGAUGGAGGUGGAAGUGGUGGUGUUGGAGGGUAUUGGCAGAAGUGCAAGCAUAGUAGUGGUGGCGACGGUGGAGGUGAUGGUGGCAGCGAUGGCACAAAUGGAGGAUGCAUGCGGAGGUGAUGGCGGUGGAGGUGGCGACAAUAGUGGUGGCAGUGGAGGUGGCAACAAUAGUGGUGGCGGUGAAGGUGGUUGUGGUGGCAAUGAAGCUGGUUGUUGUGGCAAUGAAGGUGGUUUUGGUAGCGGUGGUGGCAGCGAUGUGGUGGUGUUAAUGUCGGGGUGGUGA